AUGGCUGCUGCUCUCCAAGCACAGCGUCUCUUCUUGACGGCCUCUUCGUCGUCGUCGUCUUUCGCCACACGGCCGCGGAGGCGCGCCGCUCCCUGCCGAGCCUCCCUGCGCGUGCCUAAUGGUCUGCAAACGGCGGUGGGCCCCGCGGACGUCAGCCUCAAGCUGGACUGGAUCGACCAGCGCGUCCUCCCGGCGACCACGGCCUCAGCACCGGCAGCGGAGGACGGCUCGAAGACGGUUGAGAAGCUCUGCGCGAUAGCGGAGGCGGCGGCGGACCGCGCCGAGAUGCACGACAUCAUCGGCAGGCAGCGGGACAACUGGAACCACCUGCUGCUCCACUCCACCAACUCCCUCGCGCUCGCUGCCUCCGUCAUGGCCGCGCUGGCUCCCGCCGCUCCCACCAUGGUCGCGCUCAAGGCCUCCGCGGGGGCCCUCCUGGCCACGGCCGCCGUCACGAUGGCUGCCGUCAACAAGAUCCAGCCGUCGCAGCUCGCCGAGGAGCAGCGCAACGCCACGCGGCUCUGGAGGCAGCUCGAGCGCGACGUCCGCGCCACGCUCGACCUCAGGACGCCGUUGACGAAUGCCGACGUCCAGGACGCCAUGGACAGGGUGCUGGCGCUCGACGCGGCGUACCCGCUGCCGCUGCUCCCCGGCAUGCUCGACAAGUUCCCCAAGACCGUGGAGCCCGCCCGGUGGUGGCCGCGCCGUCGCCAGCAGCAGCAGCUGCUCAAGAAGAAGUCCAAGAGCUUUGGCCGGCGCGGUGGCAACGGCAACGGCUGGAGCCAGGACCUCGAGGACGAGAUGCGCGGCCUCCUGCGCGUGCUCAAGGCCAAGGACGAGCACCAGUACCUGACGGUCGGCAAGCUGAUUCUCAGCCUCAACCGCGGCCUCGCCGUGGCAGGCCCGGCGCUGGCCGGCACUGCCGCGCUCGCCGCGGCGUUCAUCGGCUCCGGUGAAAUCGGCUCCUGGGCCUCCGGCGCGGCCGUGAUCGGCGGCGCGCUGGCCGCGGCGGCGAACACGGUGGAGCACGGCGGGCAGGUGGGCAUGAUGUUCGAGCUGCUCCGCAACUGCGCGGGGUUCUACCGCAAGAUCCAGGAGGACAUCGAGGCCAGCCUCGGCGAGGCCGACGCCGAGCUGAGGGAGAAUGGCGAGGUGUUCGAGACCAAAGUGGCGCUGCUGCUGGGCCGGAGCACGUCGGACCUGAAGCAGUUCAGGCGGAUGGCCUCGGCGUCCUUCAAGGACGAGGACAUCAAGGACUUCGCCGGGAAACUCUUCUGA